AUGGCGAAGGGAGUCAAGUCAGCGGUACCAGCAACGCCGGUCAAGUCGAGUGGAACGCGCAACGAGGCUUCGGUGCGCUCCGGAAGCUCGUUCUCGACCCCAGCGACGGGUCGGAUGGAGUCGAUCGACGAGCGUUCGGCGAGCUGUGACACGGCGAUUGAUUCCUCGGACGCCAAAGAAGAUGACGAAGAUGAUGACUGGGAUCCGCGGUUGUGUCGGCCGGCCGCAGUGGAGGAUCGAGGUCGAUCACCCGCGUUCAACGACAUGCCGGGCCCCGAGCCCGCCUACGACGCGGAUGACGGUGCGACCGACGGUUUCAAAACCUCGGUGACGGUAGGAGGGGCAAUCUCCAAGCCAGUUGGCACUCGUCCUCCCCUCAACGGCGAUACUCCGGCGGCCAACAGGGUUCUAGGCCGAUGCCUGGAGCUGAUGAAGACCAAGAGCGAGUGGAUGCAGUUGUUCUCCCCGAAGCAGGUCCGCCAGGCCAUCUGGAUGGACCUCGAAGGGGCGUUGGCCACGCCGAUCAACUCAACGAGCACUAGGCAGGUCGCUCAGAACACUGUGGACCUCCUGCGGGCGAUGGGAUGCGAACCUCAGAUCCUCCCGACGGAGGCUGCUCUCGCGAGCUGGACGCCAACCACCGCCGCCGCGGCGCUUACCAAGUGGAGGAAGAAGUUGCGCGACGCCUUUGGAGUGGCGGAUAGAGGCCCAACGAAGCUUCGUUCGGCCCCGGAAGCGGUUGACCCCUCCAAGGUCCCGCUACCAGCGACCCCUCGGAAGGCAGCCACGGAUGACGGAGUCUUCGCAGUCAAGGGCGAGGCUUCGCCUUACAUGCAAGACUCGCACAUGGUAACCCCACGAUCUACGGACCGUACUGAACGUCUGGCUAGGGAGACCGAGGUUUCGUACGCAACGCCUGGCACGCGCGGGGCAACCGGUCGCCGGUCCAGCCACCGUUACAACCUCCGAGAUGGCUCGUCGGACAGUGAUAAUGAUCUCGGGUCCGACUGUUACGAGGGCGACCUGCCAAGCGAAUGGGCUCGUCAGGUGCGCGAACGGAGCGCGACUGACGAUCAGAGCUCAACCCCGAAGCUCGAGAUUACCACGCAUCUACCUCUCUGCAACAUCAAGUCGUUCUACGGUGUGCGCGACAAGAGCGAACACUCCAUGCAGUGGCUUCGUACGUUCGUCUACGAGAUGAGGGGGACACAUGCACCGCCCAACGAGUGGUGCAUGUCGUUCGAACUCAACCUCAGAGAUGGGGCUUUGUAUUGGUGCCGCCAGCUUCCACGCAAGACGAGACGCACAUGGAAACUGUUGUGCGAGGCAUUCAUUAAGUACUACUGCUCGAAGUUCUCCCAGUCUGCGAAGGCUCGGUAUUACUCGGCCAAGCGAGAGGACAAGGAGCACGUAUGUGACUACCUCAACCGGCUUAACGGGUACGCUCGCAACGCCGGCGUGCAGUUUGAGAACGGUGGACGUGACGCGAAGGACCAUGUGGAACACUUCUUAGUUACGUGUGAUGACCGAAACUUAGAAGACCGUCUGUGCCACGUUCGGGUCAAGAGCAUUCAUGACCUCGAAGACAUGAUCAACGACAUUCUGCGUCACCGCGACCGCAAAUCGACCCGCGAAUCAUCGUUCCGCCGCUCCCCCAGUCAAGAUGACAGUCGCCGUCGCGACGCGCGGUCGAACGAGGAUUCUCGAAGUGGUUAUCGCCGGGAACGACGUUACCGUGGCGACGACCGCCUCACCGAUCGUCGUGAUGACGACCACCGCCGUGACCGACGUGACGGGUCACCGCACCGGUCGAGGGUGACUUUGGUCGACGCCCUUCCCGAUGUAAUGGCGGAAUGGAACGUCGGAGGCUCGGUCGGUGCACGCAACGAGGCUUCAUACGCCUCCCGACGUGAUGCUGAGGCGAACGAGGAUUGCUUCGAGGAUGGGCACCAAUACUCGGACGACCAACGCUCGGACGAGGAUUCAGACGCUGAUUACGACUCGGAUGAGUCUACUGGACAUGUCGCUGCCGCUAACGAUGCUGACCACAGGGCCGCAGCCGAAGGAACGUUCGCUCGGUCUGAUAACCGACGCUUCAGGAACGGAGGAAGCCCGUCCAACCGUGAACGAGAUGGUCGGCGCCAGUACGGGCUGUGCGCCGCGUGCGAAAGCCCGUCCCACUCCGUGCGCUUGUGUUACCGGCGGUGCAAACUGUGCAAACAGGUGCACGACGCUGGGAAGUGCGAAGCACUCCACGAGCUCACCAAACUCCUGAAGUCCAAGGUCGACAAGAAGGAUCUGUCGCCAGAGCUGCAAAGCCUGGUGUCUGGAAGCCAUUUAAAGUAA